UAUUUCUUUCUCCCUUCCGUGCGCCCAAAUUUCUCCUCUCCCCCCUUCCUUCCUGCUCUCUCUUCUUCGCCAUUCGGGACCUCUUUCUUCUCCAAUCUCGCUACUAACUCCUCUCCGAUCAACCGGUCCAGAGACGGAGGCGCAGCAGACGCACCGAGGCGAAGGCGACCGCCAACCACCCCGGAGGAGAUCUGAGACCCGACCGACCGCCGCCUGCUGGAGGGGGAAGCUGGUGGAGCAGCAGGAAGGGCCGUAUGCUUGUCGCAGGCCAUGUGCCCGGACAUGAAUCCGCGCCAUACAGCAAGUCAAGUUGAAUCAGAGGUUCUAGACGGUAAUCGUAACCAUCACAGCCAGCUUGAUGCUGAUCAUCUUGUACAAAUUGGGAGGAGUCCUAUCAAGCGUGGUAGCAACAAUCUGUCCACAGACGACAAUUUCUCCUCGAGUGCCUCUUUGCAUAAACAUGAACAUGUGAGCUCCGAUCCAUCGGCCCCUAAGGCCGAUGACCGCUCAAUUAAGUCUGGUGAUGAUUCUGAUGGGGCUGAGAGUACCAAUGGCAAAAGCAACAAUACGGACUCCCCAGGUACUGAAAAUGAUAGCAUCUGGAUACCACCUGAAGCUGCAGACAAGGGAGAUGAGACCGAGAGUAACAUUGCUUAUGAUGACGACGAUGACGAUUAUGGUGAUGGAAUCAAGUGGGGCCAGUCAAGUUUCCCAGCCGCUGGUGAGGAACACGAGGCCAGCCCCAAUCCUAAGGAUGAGCGAGAAAAUGCAAUGUUGGAAGCUAUGAAUGGACAACUCAAGAUACUCGUGAGUCGGUUUUUGGCCUCUGCUGGUAUCCCCUUUGGAAAAGGAGAGAGUAGUGAGAGUUGGCUCGAUAUUGUGACCUCCCUGUCGUGGGAAGCUGCACUACUUAUCAAACCUGAUUCUACCAUCGGAAAGGAAAUGGACCCUGGCUCUUAUAUCAAGGUCAAAUGUGUAGCAUCUGGUACUCGCUGGCAAAGUGAGGUGAUCAAGGGAUUAGUCUUCAAGAAGAACACUGCUCAUAAGCACAUGCCGACCAGUUGUCACAAUCCUAGGCUGCUACUACUGGAAGGAGUCCUGGGGCACUCUGAUGUUGGUUUAUCAUCGUUUAAUUCAAUGAAUCAGGAAAAGGACCAUCUGGAGAGGACUAUAAGUAAGGUGAUUGAUAUAUGCAGUCCCAAUGUUAUCAUGGUUGAGAAAACUGUUUCACGAGACAUACAAGAACUUCUAUUAAGACAAGGGUGUACACUAAUUCUUGAUAUGAAGCUCAGCCGGUUGCAAAGAAUUGCACGCUGUACGGGUUCUCCUAUAAUAUCAUUUCCAGAAGUUCUGGAUAAACCGAAGCUGAAGCAGUGUGACUACUUCCAUAUUGAAAAAUUCAUUGAAGAACACAACGAUGCCAGUGAAGGUGGGAAAAGACUGUCUAAAACAUUAAUGUUCUUGGAAGGAUUUCCCAGGCCAUUGGGUUGCACGAUACUGCUCCGUGGAGCAAAUACUGAAGAAUUGAAGAAAGUCAAGCAAGUCAUGCACUACACAGUCUUUGCAGCAUACCACUUGAUCCUCGAAACGUCUUUCUUUGAAGAUCAGCGGGUAUUCUUAAAUGAUAAAAAUGUUUCCAAAGAAAAUUAUGUCACCGCUAUGGUAGGGCCUUCAGCAAUUGGUGAUGAUACGGCUGUUCUGGGUUGUGCCAUCCCUCCUUCACAUGAUGAUUCUCCAGCACUUAAAUUAUACCAUGCCACUUCUAAUAUCUAUGCGGAUGGGAAGAAAUCUCUCAGUUAUACAAAUGUAGAUGCUCCAGUUUCAAUAACAAACAGCUCUUUGGAUGAACUUGGAGAAGGUGCAAAUGUCCGGCAUAGCUCAACAUCACCCCUUCACACUGGAAGGCUACCACCACCAGUAUCAGGACCAUUAAGAAAAUUUGCUGACAAGUUACAUCGUCAUAAUAUUUAUUUACCUGUCACAUCAUUCCAAGAAACAACUGAUAAUAAAAUAGAAGGCAGGGUUGAAUCUAGGAAAGAGAUGGUUAGUAAUGGAUUUCAUGUUGGGUCAAAGGUGGAAGAGUCUGCAGCUUCCAGUGAAAUUUUGGAUGACACGAAAGAUCUCUUAAAACAAGAAAGGAUCCAAGAAGUAAUGCCAUCAGGUUCUUCUGGGCAUGGCAAACAUGAGGAAUCAUCCGCUAUGGCUGAAGAUGGGGAACAUCACAGCACCAGUAUCAUCAGCAAUGGGAACAUUUCUAACGAAGAUCAAGCCGAUGAUGCACUUGAUUCUGACAGUAUACUGAUUUUGAUGUCUAGCCAAUGCAUCACAAAGCAGAUUAUAUGUCUCCCGAGCCAACUGUGCCGUAUAAAAUACUACGGGAACUUUGAUUUGUCCUUGGGGCGAUAUUUGCAAGACAUUUUGCAGAAUCAGAAAGCAAGCUGCUCAUCUUGUCAAGAGCCUCCAGAGGCUCACAUAUAUUCUUACACUCAUCAAAAUGGGAAUUUGACUGUUCAAUCAAAGAAUUUGGUGUCCCAACAUCGCUUACCUGGCGAAUCCGAAGGAAAAAUAUGGAUGUGGACUAGAUGCUUGAGAUGUGAACAUGAACAUGGGACAUCUAAAUCGACUCCUAGAGUGUUAAUAUCAUCUGAAGCGCGCAAUCUCUCUUUUGGGAAAUUCCUGGAACUCAGUUUUUCAAGUCACUCCGCAGCGAGAAGGCUAUCCAUAUGUGGGCAUUUGGUGAACAGGGACUGCUUGCGUUUUUUUGGGUUGGGCUCCAAAGUUGCAAUGUUCCGCUACUCCUCAGUAGAAAUUUACACUACCUGCAAACCACCACCCACCCUCCACUUCGACAACCCUAGCAGACAGAAUUGGUUUGAAAAAGAGAGGAUACAUAUUCUUGCUAGAGGUAUGAAACUUUUUUCUGAGGUAGCAACCUUGCUACAACUCUUGAAGAAUCAGCAUCAUGAUGUGACAGCAACCAGUUGUGGCACAUUUGACCCUGUUAAGGACUUCUCUGAACUCGAAGAGUUGUUGAUGAAAGAAAAGGCCGAUUUUGAGGAUUCAUUAGUAAAGACAAUCAACCAAAAUGGGAGAUCAUCCUCAUCUGUGCAUGAGCUUCUUAAUAUAAAUUGGUCUUACCAGGAUGUUCUACUUGAACUUUAUGUAUGGGACCGUCGGCUCGACGAACUUUCUAUGUGUAAAUCUGCUGGGCAAGGGAGUGUUGGUAAUAGCAAUAAUCCUAGCGGAACUGCAGACAAGAUUUCUGGGGCCAACUACGAGAUUGACAAGAAAAUUGGUGAACUGACGUGUGAUAGAACUAUGACAGCUGUGAGGUCAGAUGGUACCACUGAUUGCACUGAUUGCACAAGUAACAAUAUUCCCAUUGACCAUCAAUCUGGUGAGACCGCAGCACACUUGCUUGAUGAUAGUCAGGGAGCUGGCAACUCUGAACCUUCUUGCAGUGAAGGUAGUAAAGAUGAAGGAUCUCGAUCUCUCAUUGCUCCUGAUCAAGUAGAGGUAGAGAGCACGCCACAAAACCAAAAAGUACCUUCACUUGAAGUUUCAAGUCAUACAGAGGUCCAGGGUAACGGGGUAGUUGCACAUCCAGUUUCCAAGGAACAAGAGCCUUCAAGCACUCUCCAGAAGUUCAGAAGUACUGAUUGGGAUGACAGUGAUAGAUGGAUUUGGAGUUCAUUUUGUGAGUCUCAACUGGCUUACAGGAAGGACAUUCAAAUGGGAUGUUUGGAGAAAUUUUAUCUUGUUAACCAUUACUCCCCAUCUCACCUCUCCCCCUUGUUUGAAAAACAUGAGGAGGUGGACACUCCUCAGUUCACAGUUGGCCCCGGUGGUAAUAUUUUAUGUGUAUUGGAGCAUGAGGUAUCUAGUAUAAUAGCUCGUGCUCUCGCCAUAUCUGAGGAACGUAGGCAGGAUACCAUAGUCGAGAACGAGACGGGGGAGGGCAGGGUGGAGCAUGGUAAAACGAUGGAGAAAUCCUAUAGCUUUUUCUCUGAAGGUUCUUUUAGCUCGUCACCAUGGUCAUCUAUUGGAUCAUUAGAUUCUGAAGCAAGCUUUUCAUCUUCUAUUUCGUCAUAUCCAUCUGACGACCUCUCUGGUUAUGAUACCUUGCCUUUAUUGUCCUUGGUACACCCAGAAAUCACUGUGAACGGAAAAGUAACUCUCAGAGGCAAAUAUUCGGUUACUAGUAUAUAUUCGAACCAAUUCUACCUUCUUCGAAAGAAGUGCUGCCCAUCUGAGCUUGCAUAUAUUACUUCCUUAAGCCGCUGUAAGAAGUGGGACGCUCAAGGUGGAAAGAGUAAGGCUUUAUUUGCAAAGACAUUGGAUGACAGGUUCAUCAUAAAGCAAAUCAAGAAAACAGAGUUUGAGUCCUUCAUAACAUUUGCCCCUGAUUACUUCAAGCAUGCUUACCAUUCUCUAGACACUGGCAGCCAAACUUGCCUUGCCAAAAUAUUAGGAAUCUAUCAGGUCAAGCAAAUAAGGCAUGGCAAAGAGAUCAAAAUGGAUCUGAUGGUGAUGGAAAAUCUCAUGUUUGGGCACAAUAUUUCACGAAUUUAUGACCUUAAAGGUGCUAUUUUUUCACGACACAUCGCCAAAUCAAAUGACCCUGACACUGUUUACUUGGAUCAAAACUAUGUUGAGGACAUGCGUGUAUCUCCGAUCUAUAUUGGUGGAAGAACGAAGCAUCUUUUGCAGCGUGCAAUCUGGAAUGACACAUCAUUCCUCACUUCAGUUAACGUUAUGGACUAUUCUCUGCUUGUGGGAGUGGACAAAGAAAAGAAUGAACUUGUGUUUGGCAUCAUUGAUUAUUUGAGGCAAUAUACUUGGGACAAACAGCUGGAGACAUGGGUCAAGAGUUCUUUGGUUCGAAAAAAUGUUUCACCGACUGUAAUUUCACCCAAGGAUUACAAGAAAAGGUUUAGAAAGUUCAUGGCCAAGUACUUCCUCACAGUUCCGGAUACUUGGAGUCCCGAGAAUUCUUCUGGGCCAUACAAAUCCUUUGGCCAUAGCAAUAGCAAGUUGGUAGAAGCCGAUAAUGAUGACAACCUGCUUCAGCAUCCAAUUGAAGCUGAGGCAUGUGUCUAGUUCUGUUCAGGCUGGCAUGUGUCUAGGCUAUUCAGGACUCCUCUGACAGUGCUGUUGAAGCCUAUCCAGUCGUCGUCGUUGUUGUUUCUUUGGCUUGUUUUCGCUUUGUAAAAUUGUGUACAUAUGAGGGCCUCACAAUUGACCUUUCCAGAAGUUUGCACCUUUUAGGCAGAUUACUGGGCAAGUGAGGCCCACAGUACAUGUACCUAUACAAAUGUAAAUUGUUGAUUUCACAAUUAUUAUAGUGAAAUUUACAAAAUUGGUAUGAUUUUUUUGGGAUCUACUAGGCUGAA